UUGACAAACAUUGAAAUCAUUGAUCGAUACCGUCUUGAUCGUGAUGGGAUCGAUUAUGUGGAAAACAUAUUAUCAAGACAAAUAACGCCAAAAGCGUAUCGAAACCAUGCCAUCUCUGCAAGGCACAAACUACUUAUAACCUUAAGGUAUCUCGCGACUGGUCCAAUCCAACUGAAUGACUGCGACAUUCAUGGUGUCAGUCAACCGACUGUUUCAAGAGUACUUGGAGAAAUGCUGAAUGUCUUGUCAGAUCCAAGGCUGGUACGACAGUUCAUUUCCUUCCCCACAGAUGCAGCUGAUCUGAGGAGGAACGCUACAAUUUUUGAGGGAAUUGCAAACUUCCCAAAAGUGAUGGGCCUCAUAGAUGGCACCCAUAUAAGAAUUAGGGCACCGUCAGAAGACGAAUAUAUGUAUGUAAACAGGAAACAGUUUCACAGCAUAAACGUGCAGGUGGUUGUGGAUGGUGAAGACAAAAUCAUCGACAUUGUAGCCCGCUGGCCGGGAUCUGUUCACGAUGCCAGAAUUUUGCGAGAAAGUGGCCUAUCCCAGCUCUUAGAUAAUGGGUUUGGAGGCCAUGAACAGUUCCAUCUACUGGGUGAUAGCGGCUAUCCUAGUAAGCGAUGGCUGCUUACACCAUAUCUGAACCCCCAAGGUUUAGCACAAGAAGCAUACAACAGCCACAAAACAACAAGAUCCAGGGUAGAGAAAGCCAUUGGACAGCUGAAGAGGAGAUUUGGUGUGCUCCAUACAGAGAUUACCCUUUCACCAGAAAAAGCCUGCAAAGUAGUCAUCGCUUGUGCUGCGUUGCACAACCUGUGUAAAGCAAGAGGGAUUCCAUUUGCUGACAACCAAGAUGAUGACAAUGGAAAUAACAACAAUGGUGAUCCAAGGCCACAAGACCAAAUGCCCGGUUGA